AUGGGUGGAGGAGAACACAAGGAGGCCGUCUUGGUCACACUGCCUUUGCCGGAGCCUACUGCAGCCAUUGAGAAGCUGCAGAAGAAGUUCCCUCAUCUGAAGAUAACAUACAAAAAUGUGUCUCACACCAAGGAUCGUUCUGUUUUGGACAAAGAAGUGCCCAAAGAGCUUUGGCGAGAGGCAACAGUACUGUUGACACUGUUCUCCCUACCACCACAACCAUCGGAUGCACCUUUACUCGACUUCAUUCAACUAUUCUCGGCUGGAUCCAACCAGCUGGCAAGCCAUCCCAUCUACACCGACACUGACAUCCCUAUCGCAACUGCAUCGGGUGUUCAUGGCCCGCAGAUUGCCGAAUGGGUUAUCAUGACGCAUCUAAUCCACACCCACAAGUACGCUCAGCUUUACGAAGCACAGAAGCAGCGUAAAUGGGGAAAGGACCCUUCGUACAAAGUCAGAGAUUCCGUGGGCAUGCGUGUUGGCGUACUUGGAUACGGAAGCAUUGGGCGUCAAGUCGGUAGAGUCGCCAAAGCCAUGGGUAUGGACAUCAUUGCAUAUACGGCGUCUCCCAAGGACACACCAGAGAAAAAGAAAGAUGUUGGCUACAUCGUUCCUGGAACCGGUGAUCCUGAUGGUGAGCUCCCUUCAGCAUGGUACUCUGGUCUAGACAAGGAGUCUCUGCACAACUUCCUCAAGCAAGAUAUUGAUCUGCUACUGAUCUCCGUACCACUCACCAAGGAGACCACCCACUUCUUGUCGAAGGAGGAGUUCAAGAUCCUCAGUCAAGACGGCAAGAAGCCUGCCUUUGUUGCCAACAUUGCAAGAGGCCCGAUCAUUGAUCAGCCUGCACUGAUCGAAGCUCUCAAGGAUGGUACUCUCGCCGGAGCUGCUCUGGAUGUCACUGACCCGGAGCCCUUGCCUUCAGACAGCGAGCUUUGGCACCUGGACAACGUCAUCGUCACACCCCACAUCAGCGGCAACGGCGAGGCAUACGUCGACCGAGCAUUCCAGAUUCUCGAACUACAGCUAGAGCACAAGCAAAAGGGCGAAAAGUUCAUCAACGUGGUAAAUAGGAAGAGAGGAUACUAG